AUGUAUAUGAUGAAUAAAGUAUUGGAGAAUUUGAUCGGAAAGCCUGUUGAACAAAGAUUUGAAGAAAUCGAGCUUGAAGAAGUCAGAACACGACAUAAGGCUGAGAUUGAAGAAGAAAUGAAGGACAAGGAUAAAGGUGUUCAAGUUGAAGGUGUUUUUGAAGUAACUGAAAGGGCAAUCGUUCCGUCAAUUAUUUCUGAGUCACCUAUUCAAAAUCCUUGUCCUAUAUCUUUAGUUUCUGGUGUAUUUGAUGAUGAUGUAGAAGUUGAUGAUGUAGUAGAGGAUGAUGAAGAAGAAGAUGAUGAUAAGGUUAGGAAAGAUGAUGCAGAUGAUGUUUAUUCUGCAAGUAGUCAUGAUGAUGAUGAUGACGGGGAUGAUAACGAUGAUCAAGGUGGUACAGGCAUCAAAGUUACUGAAGCGUCUACUGAAGAAAAUGUUGAUCAUUAUCUUCAUGAUGAUGCUAAUGAAGAACCUGAGAAUGCUGAAAGUGAGGGGGAGUGGAUCGCUCAAUACAGAUCAGUUGACAAUUCGGCAGCACCUCGGCUCUGA